UGCAGUGCCAGUACCGGUUGGCGCUUAUCAAGAAUCCACCGGCAAACUGAUCAGCCACUGACAAUUGAUGAACGGCCGGCAAAACGGGAAUAUUCCGCACAGAUUACCAUAGAUGAGUUCCAUGGGCGAUAAUUAAUGCCUGCAGAAUGACUGCAUCAAUGUCUUUUGUCUUAAUUAAUACAAGCGUUCGUUUCGAUCCAGUUUGAAGAAAAUUUAUGUGAAGAGACAUACCGGCCGCCGGCAAAAUGUCAAGAGAGAUAACUACUAUAUAAGCACAAUUUUCGAAUGUUAGAAAUCAGAUUUGUUUUGUCAUCUAUCAGCAGACACACACCCUCCUUUCUAACCAUGAAGUUCAUGAUUGUUCUCGCCUGCCUUUUGGCCGUGGCCUUUGCCAACGAGGAAGCCGAUGUCCUGAAGAGCGAUUCCGAGGUGAACGUGCUGGACUUCAACUACGGUUACGAGCUGUCCAAUCACAUCAAGGCCGUGCAGUCCGGAGUUCUCAAGGAGCACGACAACUGGGUAGUUUCUGGAGAGUACGAGUACGUGGCACCAAACGGCAAGACCAUUAAGGUGGUCUACCACGCCGAUGAGACCGGCUACCACCCAAAGGUUGUUGAGGCCUAAACACUCUCUAAAAUGGUUACCCGAAAUAAAGAUUAAA